GCGCGGUGGCUACGUCACCUCCGGAAGCUCGGCAGCACGGAUGUGAGCUCAGGAGAGAGCGAGCAGCUUCGGAAUGAUGGUGCGGUAUUAGCGCUGUUUACCGACUUUAGCGGGUUUAUAAUCACAGCUGCUUCGCCCGUCACCUCCCGUGAGCGCUACUCCACCAUGGCGGCGCUCUUCUCCUGCUGCUUCGACUGCGGCCGCGCGAGCUCCGGACACGUAACCCUGAAAGAAAUGCCCACCGUCCAGCUGGACACACAUCACAUGGGCACUGAUGUCGUAAUUGUGAAAAGUGGCCGAAGAAUAUGUGGUACAGGCGGCUGCAUCGCAAAUGCCCCUCUCCAUCAAAACAAGAGCUACUUUGAGUUUAAGAUUCAGUCCACGGGUGUUUGGGGAGUCGGCGUAGCGACGCAGAAAGCUAACCUUAACCAGGUCCCACUGGGCAGAGACGCACACAGCUUGGUGCUGAGGCAGGAUGGAACUGUAUACCAUAACAACGAGGAGAAGAACAAGCUGCCAGCUAACAGCCUGCCACAGGAAGGGGACAUAUUGGGUGUAACUUAUGACCAUGUGGAGCUGAAUCUGUACCUGAAUGGGAAGAACAUGAACUGUCCAGCGUCAGGCAUUCGAGGAACGGUUUUCCCUGUAGUAUACGUGGAUGACAGUGCAAUACUCGACUGUCAGUUUACUGAUUUCUACCAUCCUCCUCCACAAGGCUACCAAAAGAUUCUUUUCGAGCAACAGAUAUUCUGAUCUUCACCUGGUUCUCUUCAUGCACAUCAGCUUUCCUGUCACCUGUGUCUGCUGUUCCAGCUACUAGAUCUCAAGCGCAACCCAGACAUGGCAAUCCAGCUGUGUAUGUUAGUGAUUCUGUGGCUGAAGCUUUGCUCUGUCGGCUCAACAGUACAUCUUGCCAGUGUUACAUCUUCAGUGAUUUUUGCUCAUGUAGAAUAGAUUCAUGUUGGCAGAACACUCAAAACACUCCACUUUUGCCCUCUUUUUAUGUACUUUAGUCAUUAUUGUUUGGGUUAUUUAAUUUAAAAGACUCAAAAUACAAAAUCAUAUACAUUUCUGGCACUCUGCUUCAGCUUUUAGAUACACUCAUCGUCAAAGAAACAGUUGUGCAAGAAUAGUCGCACCCAGAAGGAAGUAUCAGAUUGUAAUGGUAUUUAUUGAGCUACACAUACAGAAGUAGUGUGUAACGCAUGUGUAAAGCAUGGAUUUGUAGAGGUUCCUAAUGGUGUCCUGUGACUAUAUAUCCCAUGCAGUUUGAAUAUUCUAAAACAUUUCCUGCAGAUUUUGCAGUAGGAUUGUUAAUAUUGUGCCCAAUAGCAUCCCACACAUUUCUAAAAAUGUGAAAGGAUCUGGAGAUGCGGUUGGCUACUGUUUAGUAUCUGUGUCUUCAAGGCAAGCUCUUGAGAGGGGCCUUAUGUGGACAGGCAUUGUCCUUUUGAAAUAGUACAUGAGUGUGUGUGGUUACUGAUUGAUUGCAGGACCUCAUUAAUCUAAUGUGAUGUUGGCCUUUCAAAGUACCUGUAAUGAAGACCAAGACAAAAGCAGGACUUGUCACUAAAGAUGAUCCACUGUCAUUCUAAGGCAUGUCUAGUCAAGUUUAAUUCCUGUCAGUUGAUUCUUUCUGGGUGCAAGUAUUUUUGGAAGAUGAGUUUAAAAAGCGGCUGAUUUUAAAAAUACUCUUAAAAUGUAUUAAUGUUUUAUGAAUGUGAUGUGAUUGUUAUAAAUUCUUGAAAGUUGGACAAGCAUGAGGGAGGGUAAUCUGUUGAAGGUUUUUAACAGACACAAUUCAUUAUAACUGACCUUACGUUUCUAUGAAAAAAUAUUUAAGAUAAAGUAUACAACAUUAUUUUUACACUCAUUUUGCAAAACUGAUGGAAGUGAUGCACAAAUUUAAACCAAAUCUAGAAUUGUUUUGACACAAUCUUCUUAAAUGAAAAUCUUUAUAUUCUAGUUGUUUCUUCCACCUCUCUCUAUCUCUCUCUCUCACACACUGUAGCUCCAUAUCCCUAUCUCUAUCUCUUCGGAAGUUUGUUUUGUGUUCUACUCCAUUAUUGGCCAUUAUUAUUCACUGGAUCUCUGUUUAUAUAACCUGGUCUAUAGAUAUGAUAAGCACUACAUUUUCCAUGCUGUGUAACGUUUAUCUCCAUCACGAUACUUUACUCAACUGACAUUUUGUAACAAGGAAAGUAAAUCAUAUCAAAUAAUAAUGGCAGAAAGGAAGAGCUAGUGCCUAUAUUGAGUGUUUUAUACCCAAAUUAAAUGAAAUGACAUACUCUGCUAUAUUUGGUUUUAAGUUAUACUGUUUAUCUCUUCAGAAUCACAUUAUAAAUUGUAAAGAAAAUAGCCUAUAUGAAAAUAUCUGUAAUGUUUUGUAUGCACUAAUCAGUUGUGUUAUUUGUGGGUUAUUUGUUCGUACUGUAAUAAAGACGUUGCUCUUUGGUAAAA